AUGCCCACACAUCCAGAAGUACUGUCAUUAUCUAGAAGUACCUCCAUCAUUCGGAAGUUCCUCCACCAUACGGAAGUACUUCCAUCAUACGGCAGUACCUCCAUCAUUCGGAAAUACGUUCAUCAUCCAGAUAAAGUACCUCCACCAUCUAGAAGUACCACCACCUUCUGGAAGUACCUCCAGCAUCUAGGAGUACCACCACCUUCUGGAAUACCUCCACCAUCCGGAAGUACCUCCACCAUCCGGAAGUACCUCCACCAUCCGGAAGUACCUCCGCCAUCAGGAAGUACCUCCACCAUCCGGAAGUACCUCCGCCAUCCGGAAGUACCUCCGCCAUCCGGAAGUACCUCCGCCAUCCGGAAGUACCUCCACCAUCCGGAAGUACCUCCACCAUCCGGAAGUACCUCCACCAUCCGGAAGUACCUCCGCCAUCCGGAAGUACCUCCACCAUCCGGAAGUACCUCCACCAUCCGGAAGUAUCUCCGCCAUCCGGAAGUACCUCCACCAUCCGGAAGUACCUCCACCAUCCGGAAGUACCUCCACCAUUCGGAAGUACCUCCACCAUCCGGAAGUACCUCCACCAUCCGGAAGUACCUCCGCCAUCCGGAAGUACCUCCGCCAUCCGGAAGUACCUCCACCAUCCAGAAGUACCUCCACCAUCCGGAAGUACCUCCACCAUCCGGAAGUACCUCCACCAUCCGGAAGUACCUCCACCAUCCGGAAGUACCUCCACCAUCCGGAAGUACCUCCACCAUCCGGAAGUACCUCCAACCUCCGCAGUACGGCACCUGUUGA